AUGGAAGCUGCUUCUGUGGCCGAAGACAACAACCCUCAUCGGGUCCGUUGGUAUGAGUUCAUAAUAGGAGCUAUCCUCUUCUGCUUGUACAUAAUAAUUAUGAUCGUGUUAAUCAGCGACGCCGCCAGCGACCUCGGAAUCAAUUCCCCGGAGUUCCACCUCCACUCCGCCACCAUGUCCCUUCCCAAUGUGUUUGCCUCCGAAUUCACCCCUGCAGGCCACGGUCUUAUACGCAACAGACCCCAGCGGAAGCCCCGCAGUCUUGCUCGGGACAAAGCCGGUGCACAUCCCUUGUUUCAGACCACAAAGGCCCAGACCACUCACCGUUUCGGAGUCGGAACAGUGUCGGCGUACGUAGGUGAUGAAGUGGCCAGAGAAAUCUCGGAAGGGAGAGCUCGGGGAGGGGUGACGUUUGAGCUCCAGAUGUUGGGUUGGUAUAGGUAUACCUCGAGUAACACAAGUCCCAGAAUGUUUGAGGCUUGCUAUCGGGUCGAGUUUGGGUUUUCCCCAGGUAAUUGGACUGAGGAACUGACACGAGCGGGUCAGUCAAUUGCAUGCGGCAUAAUGUGA